GGGAUCAAUAACAUCAAUAAUUUCGCAGGACUGUUUUCAACUCGUCACGUCCUAAUUUCUGAUGGCACUAUUCGAGGUUCCUGGGUGGUCUGUGCCUACUGCUCCAGUCUCAAAAUUGGCACAGUCAACUUCCAAGAAACGUAAGCGACCCGCAGCUCAAGAUGCUGAUAAAAUGCAAUCCGUCGAGGUCAACCUAGACAAGCUUAUGCAGAAGUUCGGAAGUGUUGGAAAACACCAGGAGGAUAAGCAAGGGCCCAAGAAGAAAAAGAAGAUUCACGGGAAGACCACUGGGGGGCUAGAUGCCAAGGUUGAACACGCAACCUCUAACAAGGGACAGGAGAAGGUUUCAUCCCCCCCUGGUGGGUCCAUUAAGGGGAGCGCAGUCGAACAAUCAGUGAAGGGGGGUUCGGGGCUGCGCAAGAAGAUGAUAAAGCAAAAGAAGAGCUCGAAGCCCGAUGGUGGAAAAUCUGAGCAACAGCCACAAAAUGUUUCGCCCACACUUGAUGAAGUCUCAGGCCUCACGAGCUUGCAGAGGGGUAUGAAAGAGAGUCUUGAUGGUGCUCGAUUCAGGUGGAUAAAUGAAUUGCUCUACAAAUCCGACAGCUCAGAGGCGGUGAGAAUGAUGAAAGAAGACCCAGCGGUCUUUCAUGAUUAUCACUCCGGUUUUCGACACCAGGUGCAGUCGUGGCCAUCAAAUCCUGUGUCACAUUACAUUUCUCAGUUGUCAUCCUACCCUCAAAACACAAUCAUAGUAGAUCUCGGCUGCGGGGAUGCGACGCUUGCUCGCGGCCUUUCUCUGAAGAAGCUGAAAGUACUGUCUUUUGACCUAAUAUCCGACGGUGCCUAUAUCGUGGAGGCGGACAUAUGUUCACAUGUGCCUCUUCCCGGUUCUGAACCUUCAUCGUCUCAGAUGUCUGAAGGUGAAGCGCAGGUUGUGGAUGUGGUUGUGUGUGCCCUUAGCCUUAUGGGAACCAACUGGCCUGUGUGCAUCCGGGAAGCGUGGAGGGUUCUGAAACCCGGGGGGGAGCUAAAAAUAGCAGAAGUUGCCAGUCGCUUUACUGAUGUGGAUGAAUUUGUGUCGUUAAUUAACUCUGUUGGAUUCAAGAUGAAAGCAAAGGACGAUCGCAACAGUCAUUUUACAUUGUUUGAAUUCAAGAAAAUAGCUCGCACAUCGCGGACGGGUAAAGAGUGGUCGAAAGUGAUAUCGAAUGGUGGCAUUCUGAAACCUUGCGAAUACAAGAGAAGAUGAGGAUUCUCGAUUCCGUAGUCAGAUUUGGCCUACUUCGAAAGCAACGACUGUCUUGAAGCAACCUUGAAACUUGAGGCCUUGAAGCUUGAAGUCCUAUCUAUUGACAUAUAGGGGAUCCCUUG